AUGGAGCUGCCCAGUUCCGGCACGUCAACGCUUCACUGCAACUCCUUGAUCGGAGCCUGUGCGAAGACCCGUCGCUGGCAAGAUGCGUUGCGUGUCCUGGCGGACAUGGGCCACUCUCGUGUGGAGGUGGAUGCAGUUUCCUACAAUGCUGCCAUGAACGCAUGUGUCAAGGGGAGCCAGCAGCAGCGUGUUCCCGACUUGUUCCAGCAGCUUUGCACUGGCCAGGUCGUGCCUGACUUGGUAACGUACAACACGAUGAUACGCGCAUGUGGGGCGAACUGGCGGAAAGUGUGCGAGUUGUUGCAGGAGCUUCGAGCUAGCAAGUUGAAACCAGACCUGAUCACGUACAGCUCAGCGAUCAGCGCCUGCGAAAAAGAUGGGUGCUGGGAACAAGCUGUAGGGCUUUUGGAGGAGCUUGCUGCAAGCCAGGCUCAGAUGGAUGGGAUUUGCUGCAAUUCUGUUGUCAGUGCGUGUUCCAAAGGAACUGAGUGGCGGCAGGCCAUGUCGGUGUUAGACGCCUUCCCGCAGGCAAGCUUACGAUCCGAUGUCAUCUCUUACAAUGCCGUCAUGAAUGGGCUCAGCAAGGGGGGAGAGUGGGAGCUGGCCCAGCACAGCCUCGGGGAUCUGCAGGCGAGGCAUGUGCAGGCAAACCUGGUGACGCACAACGGGCUCAUCAGCACAGCUGAGAGGAGCCGCAAGUGGCAGGAGGCCGGGAGUGUACUGAGGCUUUUAGCUCAAGAAGCUUUGGAAGCGGAUCUCAUCUCCUUUAACUCGGCCUUGAGUGCUGGAGAGCAUGGUCCAUGGUUAGGUGUUCUAUCCACGCUCAAGGACUUGCAAGGACGUGGCUUGCAGGCCGACGGCAUCACCUGGAGCAGCGCCAUGAUUGGCUGUGGGCGCCAGUGGCAGCUUGCUCUAACCUUCUUGCAGGCGCAGAAACAGAGCUCGACCAUGCAGGGUAACAUUGUUCUGCACAACGCUGCCCUCAGAGCCUGCGCUGGCAGUGGGUUGUGGCAGCAGGCGCUCGAGAUUCUGCAGUCGAUCCAUCAUUUCAGGAUCCAGGCUGACAUCAUAACCUACAGCGCGGCGCUCAGUGCGUGUGAGGCCUCGGACAGAUGGCAGACGGCAUUGCUCCUGCUGGAGGAGCUGCUGAUGCUCGACUUGCAGCCUGACAUAGUGGCCUACAGUACUGCGAUCAGCGCCUGCGAAAAAGGUGCGGAAUGGCAGCAAGCUCUCCAUCUGGCUCAUGAACUUGCCCAGUGCUCCCUGCAGGCCAACCGCAUCACGUACAAUGCCUGCAUCAGUUCAUGCGGUGUAGGCAGUGAGUGGCAGCGGGCACUAUCCUUGCUGUGGAGUCUCGAUGCCCAGCACCUGCAGCCUGAUAUAGUUUCAUACAAUGCUGCUAUCAGCGCCUGUGAGAAUGGUGGUCAGUGGCAGCAUGCACUACUGCUGCUUGAAGCCGUUGGGGUGAAACGUCUAAGGCGCGAUGUUAUCACGUUCAGUUCUGCAAUCAGCGCGUGCGACAAGGGUGAAGAAUGGGAAAUGGCCUUACGCGUCCUGGAACUCCUUAAGGCAAGUCGCCUCCAGGCCAACAUCGUCACGUACAACUCAACAAUCAGUGCCCUUGCAAAAGGCACCCAGUGGCAGCAAGGGCUAUCAACGUUUGACAAGCUGCAGCGGCAAUCAGUGCAAGCAGACAUUGUUACAUUCAACCUGGCAAUGAGUGCUUGCGGAGCCGGCGAGCAGUGGCAAAUGGCUUUGCAGUUCUUGGCGGAGGUUGAGAGCAUGCCGCAGGAGAGCCAUGUAGUCGCAAACACGGUGACCUACAACGCUGCCAUCAGCGCCUGUGAGAGGGUUGGGCACUGGCGCAUGGCAUUGUUUCUGUUCUCAGUACUGCGCGAAGCAAAGCAGCAGCCGGAUGUCAUCACCUACAAUGCCACCAUCAGCGCAUGCGAGAAGACCGACCAUUGGCAGCAAGUGCUGUUGCUGUUUUCGGAGUUGCAGGCCUAG